GAUCGCUGGUUCGCACGCCGUUAUAGCGUCCGAGACACGUCUCGAGGGCAAGAACUUGGCCGAUUUUUUGCCGACGUCGAUCACGCGCGCGCUCGCACGAUCGGCUUUCACGAUUGGCGAAUCGCCGCUCGCACCGUCGCACGCGCACGCGAUCGACGUGCUUUUCGAAAGUCGCCCGGGUCAAAUUAAGUAGCUAGCAGCAGAUAUGACCGCCGUGAUUUUGGUUAUCUCCCUCGCGAUCGCGUUCAGCGAUGCGGCUUCGAUCGGAUACGUCACCUCUGACACCUCUCCUGGACCGAAAGAUCUCUGCGACAGUAGCGUCAGACGCAUUCGACAAGAUCUGUUAAUUCUACAUUACGCCUGUCGAACGCACUGCAUCACGUACUACAAACAUCGCAAAGUUUACUGUGAGGGACCGCUGCUGAAGACGGUGCAACUCGCUGGGAUUUUUAACGACAGCAAGACCUUCGUGGAUCUUUACCAGCUUCACGACCCGGAUGUAACUGUCAGCAAUUUCAACACUUUGAUGAAAGCUACCAACAACUCGCCUAAUCGUACUGAAGUGGCUACGUUCGUAGCGAAAAACUUUGCCGUGCAGGAUGAACUGGAUAAUGCGACAUUGCCAGAUUGGAAGGAAAAUCCCAACAUUCUAAACUCCAUUCAGGAUCCUCAGUUUCGCGAGUGGGCAAAAAAUUUAAAUGAUUUUUGGAAAACUCUAGCGAGAAAGAUAAAUAAAGACUUGAUAAUCAAUCCGCAACGGCACAGCUUGAUUUAUGUGAAUAAUACGUUUAUCAUUCCCGGAGGCCGAUUUAAGGAAUUAUAUUACUGGGACAGCUAUUGGAUAAUCGAAGGACUGUUAGUUUGCGAGAUGCGAAGCACCGCUAAGGGAAUGAUCGAAAAUUUGCUCUCUAUGGUAGAGAGAUACGGCUUCGUUCCGAAUGGCGGCAGAGUUUAUUACCUUUCGCGAAGCCAACCACCCAUGCUACUGUCGAUGGUUGCAACAUAUUACGAGUUUACGAAAGAUCGUGAAUUUCUAAAAAAGAAUAUAGCCACUCUCGAAUCGGAAUUCAAAUAUUGGCAUAACAAAAAGACGAUGAACGUAACGAAAAAUGGUAAGACCUACAAGUUGGCACGUUAUGUAACAAAUAGCCAAGGGCCGCGACCAGAAAGCUACAAAGAGGAUUAUCAAUUGGCGCAACAAUUGCCGAAUCAGGAGCAAGGAGCUCUUUAUAAUGACUUAAAAGCCGCGGCAGAGAGCGGCUGGGACUUCUCUUAUAGAUGGUGUAUACGAACUAAUAAUGAUGCAAAUCUCAGUCUCGUUAACGCCUCUACGAGUAACAUCAUACCCGUCGAUUUGAAUGCAAUAAUUCAGCGAAAUGCUAAAUUACUUGCUCGUUUCUACGGCAUCCUGGCGAAUACGAAGAAAGUUCGAUAUUACACGAAAAUUGCUCAGGAGUAUCAAACUGCCAUCGACAAUAUUCUGUGGAACAAGGAUGAGGGAAUCUGGUUGGAUUAUGACACGAAAAAUAAGCAAUCCAGAAAUAAAUUUUAUCCAACAAAUUUGACACCAUUGUACACAUUUAGCUACGAUCCAAUUAAAAAAAUUGGUUACGCACAAAAAGCUGUUUCUUAUCUGAAAAAAAAUAAAAUUGACACAUUCUACGGUGGUACGCCAAGUUCUGUAAACUAUACAGGCGAGCAAUGGGACUUUCCUAACGCGUGGCCGCCGUUGCAGUCCUUCCUCAUUGUGGGUCUCCGCAACACCAAAGUAAAAGAAGCGGUGGAAUUCGCCACGGAAUUGGCUGGCAGAUGGCUUAGGUCGAAUUAUAUCGGUUAUGAAGAGUACGGUACGAUGUUCGAGAAAUACAACGCGAUACACCCUGGUGAGAGGGGCGGUGGUGGCGAAUACAAUGUGCAGGAAGGCUUCGGAUGGACGAAUGGCAUUGUCUUCCGGCUUCUCAGUAUGUUCCCCGAUGCAAAGUCUUUGGAGACUGUCGAGUACGAUGGCGGUAAUGGUAUCAAUAGAUAAUGCACAUGGACAGAUAAGUAGCUAAUUGAUCGUAGGAAUAAACGUCAAUGUACUUUCUAUGUACAAAAGAUAAGUGAAUCAAAAGAAAUCAACACAGAUUUGACAAAUCAAAUUUUAAAUUAUUAAAGUUACUUAAAGUUAAUUAAUUUGAAUACGUUUCCCGCACAUUAUGAAUAUAUUAGCACAUUAAUUCCUUUUAUGACACAUGUGUAUUUUGCAAAAUUUUAAUCCGUCUCUUUUAAUUAUUUAUCCCUCGCUGUUAUUAAAGAUACAAUAUUGAUUUUAAUUCCCGAACAUUUGAUGAAAGCUGAUGUGCGGGUUUUCGGAAAACAGAAAUAAUCUGUAAAAACCAAUUGCAAAGAGAUAAAAAUAUUUGACAGCAAAACUUAAACUUGUUGAUUUGUAUAAAAGCAAUUAUUUUACUUAAAUAAUUAACACACUAAGUGUUAUAUCGUCGAAACCUUAUUCUUAUACAAUUUUAUCAAGCAUAGUUAUUAAAAAAUUUAUCUAAAAAUGUAUAAAAAUAUAUGUGGCAACGUAUAUAAGAGAAAAUCAAAAUACAUGAAAUACUUAUUACGUAUUUAACGAUAUAAGCGAUGGAUAACGAUGCAUUCUGCAACGAAUCUAGUCCAUAAGGGAAACCAGGGCAGCGUAAUAAUACCCAUCGUAUUCUCGAAUUAAGUUAGCACGAGUCCGCAUGCAUGAGACUCGGAUUCAAGCAAAAGGGUUGUAGCUAACGGAAAGAAAAUAUUUUUUUAGAUUUUUAGCAGGACGCGGGAUAUAUCAAAUUACAUAAAGCGCAGGUACAUGUCAAAAACAUCUACUGAUACGUGAUCGUAACCACUCGUGCCGUUAUUGGAUUAGCACAAGUUGAGAGUUCGUGCAGAUCACGAUACUGUUGCAUUUCGAGUUAUAACUGUUUCGAUGUAUCUCGUUUAUCACAUAUUACGCCGAUUACCUGAGAACACUUCUUCCAUAAGCUACUGAUACUGUUGACAUUUGAUAUACAAUAUAUAUGAAACUGAACUCUUCAAAACUGAAAAGCUCUGAAAAAUGUUUCCAAUUUGCUACUCUUUCGCAAUAAGUCGAUAUUAUGUAUUUUAGACUAUGCACCAAUGUUGUUACUGCACUUUUUACGGUGUAUUGUACUGGGAUUAUAUUACUUUUUUUUUAAAGACACAUUGCUUCGCUAAUUCUGUUAUAAAAAUAAUGACUUUGUUAGUUGCACAUAUAUUGCUACUUAAUACAAUUAAUAUAUUAUAAUAAAGGCGUUGAGAAAGAGAAUAAAUAGAUACGAUUAAUGCAUGGAA